GCCGACGUUGCCGCCACUGCUUUGUCUCUGAGUAGAGACGGGGAUUCGUUAUGUCGGCCAGGCUGGCCUGGACUGCCUGGGCUCAAGCAGUCCUCCCACCUCGACCUCGGGACUACAGGUCAGACUGCUCCCGGUGCCAUGAACAGAGACAACACCUUUGCAAACAGACCCAGGGAUGAUGCUCAAACAUCAGAGAAGAGAAGCAAGGCCUUCGAUGAUAUUACCAAAUACUUCUCUAAGAAAGAGUGGGAAAAGAUGAAAUACUCGGAGAAAAUCAGCUGUGUGCACGUGAAGAGAAAGUAUGAGACCAUGACUAAACUAGGUUUCAAGGUCACCCUCCCACCUUUCAUGCGUAAUAAACGGGCCACAGACUUCCAGGGGAAUAAUAUUGAUAAUGACCAUAACCGCAGGAAUGAGGUUGAACGUCCUCAGAUGACUUUCGGCAGGCUCCAGAGAAUCAUCCCGAAGAUCAUGCCCAAGAAGCCAGCAGAGGAAGGAAAUGAUUCGAAGGGAGUGCCAGAAGCAUCUGGCCCACAAAACGAUGGGAAACAGCUGUGCCCCCCGGGAAAAGCAAAUACCUCUGAGAAGAUUAACAAGAGAUCUGGACCCAAAAGGAGGAAACAUGCCUGGACCCACAGGCUGCGUGAGAGAAAGCAGCUGGUGAUUUAUGAAGAGAUCAGUGAUCCUGAGGAAGAUGACGAGUAACUCCCCUCAGAGAUAUGACACAUGCCCAUGAUGUGAAGCAGAAUUUGGUGACCUUUCAAGAACAUGGGCAUGGCUGCGGACCCCUCAUCAUCAGGUGUAUAGCAAGUGAAAGCGAGUGUUCACAACAGUGAAAAGUUGAGCAUCAUUUUUCUUAGUGUGCCAAGAGUUCGUUGUUAGCAUUUCCGUUGUAUUUUCUUACAGUAUGCCAUUCUGUUAGAUAUUAGCAUUUUCAUUGUGAGCAAGACAUACUUAAUGCAUAUUUUGGUCUGUCUAUCCACGCACCUACCUCAGAAAACAAGUAUUGUCAGGUAUUCUCUGCAUAGAAUAGCAAAGCACUUCCCUCCUCUCUCCCUGGAUGUGACGAUUGACAGCAGAUCUGAGUGUUUAAUUUCAGAUUUUUCCUCUGCAUUUACACACACCACACACACACACACACACCCCACACACACACCAAGUACCACUAUAAGUAUCUCCCAUCUGCAUUUCCCCAUUGCCAUGUGUCCUGAUCAAGUCCCCCCACACCCUGUUUUCUGUUCAGCCUCUACUCCCCUCAUCCGAUUCCUGUGUAUCAGUUACUGACAGUUAAUAAACAUUUGCAAUCGUUC